AUGAGCGCCCUUCGACUAUCGCGUGCAGCGUUGCGCGCUAGAACUGCCGCGGCCCUGAAGCCGAUCCAACGUAGAGGGUAUGCUGAGGCCGUCUCGGACAAAAUAAAGCUUUCCCUCGCCCUUCCUCACCAGGCAAUCUACCAUUCGCAAGAUGUCGUACAAGUGAACCUUCCUGCCGAAUCCGGAGAGAUGGGUAUCCUCGCUCAACAUGUCCCGUCCAUUGAACAGUUGAAGCCUGGUUUGGUCGAAAUCAUCGAAGAAAGCGGCGGGAACAAGCAAUUUUUCCUUUCCGGAGGAUUUGCCGUCGUCCAACCUAAUUCCGUUCUGAGCAUAAACGCUGUCGAGGGUUUCCCAUUGGAAGAGUUCAGCGAAGAAGCUGUCAAAUCACAAAUCUCCGAGGCCCAGAAGAUCGCCAGUGGAAGUGGAAGUGAGCAGGACAUUGCUGAGGCUAAGAUUGAGCUCGAGGUAAUAAAACCACCACUCCGGGGAGGCGUGGGCUAA